AUGGCGAACCCUUUCGAUGACGAUUACAGGAGCAGCAGUGCAACGAGCAACAACAAAUUGAAAAGUUACACGACGCAUUCGAAUAACAUCGAGGAUGAAGCCGAUUUUUAUGAACGUGAGAUUGAGAAAUAUAUGCAAGAAUCUCUCGACAGCACAGAAAGAUCGAGACGUCAUCUAGAGAAUUCAGAACGAAUCGGAUCACAAACUGCUCAGGACUUGCUGGAGCAGCGUGAGAAACUGGAAAGAACCGAGCGGAAUCUCGAUGAGAUACAUAGAACCACUCAGAUCACCCAGCGCAAUUUGAAUAGCUUAAAGUCAGUAUUCGGAGGUUUCUUCAAAAAUAAAUUCAGUCGUAAACCACAGGAAGGUCCUAUUGAGCAAAUGCCACAAUCCAAAUCUGCUUCUCGACUGUCGGAAACCGUUGGCGAUCUCGGAGGUGCUGGCGGUUCCUCAGCAUCAUUUUCUGGGACCACUGGAGUACCACAAACUACAUUAAGUGAAACAAGCAGAAAUGCAAUCAAAGGAACUCGAUGGGAAGCUAUGGAUAAUCAGAUAGAUGAGAAUUUGGAUGCAAUGUCGAGGAAUCUACGGAAUCUCCAACGCUUGGGUCAGGACUUAGGGAAAGAGGUGGAUGAGCAGAAUCAGCUUCUCGAUCGAAUACAGGUUAAGGCGGAUCGCAACGAUGCCAUCGUACGUGUUCAGGACAAACAGAUGCAAAAAAUCCUAGGAACGGAAACGAAGAACGAGGAGUCUUCCAUGACACCUAGGUAG